AUUAGAGGACGCACAAGAAUCUAAAAUCCUCUCCUGCAAGUCUCGUAUAGCUGCCAACAUUAAUUUGCUGCUUACUUUAAACACUGACAUGGAGAAGAGAAGGAAAACUCUCAAGCAACUCAAAUCAGGCAUCCCUCAAGGACUUCGACCCAUUGCUUGGAAGGCCAUUCUCAACGUAGAACAUAUAAAGAAGAUCAAAAAAGGAAUUUAUAAAAAGAUCCUCAUCCAGGCAUUCAGACUGUCCCCACACGUCAGACAAAUACAUUUGGACGUGCAGAGGACAUUCAGGAAUCAUGUUUCGUUCUCGGAGGAGUAUGGACACAAGCAGAUCCAGUUAUUUAAUGUGUUGUUGGCAUAUUCUGUCUAUAAUACUGAAGUUGGAUACUGUCAGGGCAUGAGCGAAGUGGCAGCACUUGUCCUUAUGUACAUGGGGGAAGAGGAGGCCUUCUGGGGCUUCGAAAGACUCUUCUCUGACCCUCUUUAUAACCUCCAUGGUAUUUUCACACGGAAUUUUCCACGGCUAUUUUCUCUACAGGAACAUCACGAUUACUUACUAAAGCAUUAUUCCAAACGUUUAUACUUUCAUUUGAAAUAUCGGAAAAUAUUUGAGCGGGAUGGCUGCUGUAGUGCACCAAAGGCGGAACAGACAACACCGACUGAGCCUUUAAUACUGACAGAUCCUGUUCUGUAUGCUAAAGAGUGUGCCAGUCUGUUUCCAAGGGACGUAACGUAUGAGGAUAUUAUUGCUGAUGGAGUUAAAAAUAUUAAAGCGAAGCGAAUUGAUGAAGAUUUGGAGGAAUGUGGCUCUUGUAGUAGCGACGUAUCCCCCACAAGCUUUGAAUCUUAUUUUUCCACUGUAAUGACUCGAAGAGUGACAAAGACUUUGAAAGAUUCAAAGAAUUUAAAUCUUAAAAAUCAUUUGUCUGCGGAGUCUGAGGAAUCCGAAAAUUCUGAGAGGCCUACACCUAAGGAGACUUUUCUGUGA